AAGGCCCCCGGUAGCCCAGCGCCUCCCCGGCUGUUUCUGGAUGGAGGCGCCUCGGGAGGGAGCUGGCUGACGCUCCGGCCCGCGCUCUCCAGCCGCUGCUGACCACACCUCCCCUGGAGCGGAGGCCGCUGCGAGGAGCCGGAGAUGCUGCCCCAGCUGGCUCCCCGGGAUCUUGGUCUGAACGCUAGGAUGGAGCUGGGGGCAGCGACUGAGACCUUCAUGCUGGAGCUUCGGUGUCUUGAAGAUGGGGGCCCGGGGCCUGGCACCCUCUCAGGUGGCAGUGGUGGGGUUGAGAGUCAAGAGGAAGAAGAGGCUCGGGAGAAGAACGGCAGCCCCCAACGGCCAACAGGCUCAGCCCGGAUGGGGGCCGGGGGACUCGCCGAGGAAGCACAGCCCGGACAGCAGGACCUGCAGCGACAACAGCCAGAGCAGCAGGAACAAUUACAGCAGCAGCAGCAGCACCUGCAGCAGGAACAGUUACAGCAGCAGCAGCAGCAGCACCUGCAGCAGGAACAGUUACAGCAGCAGCAGCAGCAGCACCUGCAGCAGGAACAAUUACAGCAGCAGCAGCAGCAGCACCUGCAGCAGGAACAGUUACAGCAGCAGCAACCCCAGCACCUGCAGCAGGAACAAUUACAGCAGCAGCAGCAGCAGCACCUGCAGCAGGAACAAUUACAGCAGCAGCAGCAGCAGCACCUGCAGCAGGAACAAUUACAGCAGCAGCAGCACCUGCAGCAGGAACAGUUACAGCAGCAGCAGCAGCAGCAGCAGCAGCAGCACCUGCAGCAGGAACAGUUACAGCAGCAGCAGCAGCAGCACCCGCAGCAGGAACAGUUACAGCAGCAGCAGCAGCACCCGCAGCAGGAACAGUUACAGCAGCAGCAGCAGCAGCAGCACCCGCAGCAGGAACAGUUACAGCAGCAGCCGCAAUACCAGUUGCAGCAGCUGCAGCAACAGCAGGAACAGCAGAAACAGGAGGAACAGUUACAGCAGCAGCAGGAGCAGUUACAGAUGCAGCACCUGCAGCAGCAGCAACAGUUACAGCAGCAGCACUUCCAGCAGCAACAGUUACAGCACCUGCAGCAGCAGCAGCAGGAACUAUUACAGCGACAGCAGCAGGAGCAGUUACAGAUGCAGCACCUGCACCAGCAGCAACAGUUAGAGCAGCAGCAGCUGCUGCAACAGCAAGAGCAGUUGCAAGAGCAGCCGCCGCCCCGUCCCCUGGAGCCAGAGGAGGAGGAAGAGGUGGAGCUGGAGCUCAUGCCGGUGGACCUGGGGACAGAGCAGGAACUGGAGCGGCAGCGGCAGGAGCUAGAGCGGCAGCAGGAGCUGGAGAGACAACAGGAACAGCGGCAGCUGCAGCUCAAACUGCAGGAGCAGCUGCAGCAGCUGGAGCAGCAGCUGGAGCAGCAGCAGCAGCAGCUGGAGCAGCAGCAGCUGGAGGGGCAGCAGGAGGUGCAGCUGGAGCUGACCCCGGUGGAGCUGGGAGCCCCGCCACAGGAGGUGCAGCUGGAGCUGACCCCCGUGCAGCCGGAGCUGCAGCUGGAGCUGGUGCCCGCGGCAGGGGGAGGCGGACCUGCCGCCCCGGGGGCUCCAGCCGCGGUGGUGGUGGCCCCACCGGGCUACGUGGUGCUGCAGGAGCUCAUGGUGCUGCCGGCCGUGGCGGCGCCCGCUGUGGUGGCCAUCCCCGGCCCUGCGGGCAGCGCGGCGCUGACUCCGGCCCGGCAGCGGCGACGGCGGCGUGCGCGGGACCGGCCGACCAUCUGCGGGGAGUGCGGCAAGGGCUUCAGCCGCAGCACGGACCUGGUGCGCCACCAGGCCACGCACACGGGCGAGCGGCCGCACCGCUGCGGCGAGUGCGGCAAGGGCUUCUCGCAGCACUCCAACCUGGUGACGCACCAGCGCAUCCACACGGGCGAGAAGCCCUACGCGUGCUCCUACUGCGCCAAGCGCUUCAGCGAGAGCUCGGCGCUCGUGCAGCACCAGCGCACGCACACGGGCGAGCGGCCCUACGCCUGCGGCGACUGCGGCAAGCGCUUCAGCGUCUCGUCCAACCUCCUGCGCCACCGGCGCACACACUCGGGCGAGCGGCCCUACGUGUGCGAGGACUGCGGCGAGCGCUUCCGCCACAAGGUGCAGAUCCGGCGCCACGAGCGCCAGCUGCACGGCGCCGGCCGCUCGCGAGGCCUGGGUCUGCUCCGCAGCUCGCGCGCCACCACGGGCGGACCCCCGCGCUCCGAGCAGGCGGCGGGGGCCGCUGACAAGGCACCGUGA